GGAGUAAGCCCAUUACACUGAAGUAUUAGGGUUUCAGUACAUAGCCGUUAGUCCUCUUUCUCUAAAUUCACUUCCCUCUCUCUUUCUCCUCACUCAAUCUGCUCACUCCGAAUCUUCUAAGAAAUUCAAGCGAUUUUCUUCAUUUUUCUUAUCUUUUUCUUUGAUGUAUGAUCUCUGCUUUAAUCAUCUAUUUGGUUUUUAAUUUUUUUUUAGCUUACAUUCGGGAUUUGGUGAAUUUUUUUUUAAUGAAUAUUGUUGGAUCUUGAAGAUUUGAUGCAUUUUGAAGACUGAAUUAGUGUUGAUUGAGAUAAAAAAAAAAGACGGUAAAAUGACGAUUGGAGUUCGAUAAUUUCAAGGCAAACUGGAGAACACGAGAUCUGUUUCUUCUUCGCUCUCUUACCCCCAAAUUUGAGAGAUCCGAUUGGACCUUCAUCGCCACCUCCUCUGCCACCGGAGUCCAAUGGCACUUCCACUUCCUCUGCUACUCCUUCUCCUUCUCCUUCUCCCGAGGAGAUCUCUCGCCAUGCUCAGCUCUCACUCGAGGUCAUCAACAUCAAAGAAAUCAAGAGUUUAGCAUCCAUGGGUCUUCCUGAUGCUCCUGACAUCCGCUCUACUCUCUAGAAGGUUCUCUAUUUAGAACAAUGACUCACAAACGAUGCCAUGAACUAACCCAAAUCAUUAAAAUUUAGGAUCCCAAUUCAAUUGAAUUGAGAAAGAUCAGAUUUGUGACCCCAAUGCACAUUUGCCAAUUACCACCUCCGAACACUUGCUUCUCUUUCCUCUUCUUCCUCGUUCAACCGCUGCUUCCAUCUUAUGGGAAAAUGCGUGUUCCUGAUGGUUUGGAAGAGGUUUUAGAAGAUGGCUUUCUCAACAUUGAAUUGUUGGUAGACGGUAAUGAUGAAUCUUGGUUUGUUACUCUGUUGCACGAAGAAUCUGACAAUGGUUGGAAGAUGUAUCUCGACAUAGGGUGGUCAGAUUUUAUGGAUGAUAAUAGUUUAAAUGUUGGCGAUGUGCUAAUGUUUAAGUACAUUGGUAAUAAUUCUUUUGCGGUUAAAAUUAUUUACCGCACUGGACCUCCACAGAGUGUGGGAGCAAGACAAACUUAUGGAUUUGGCAACACUUGCAAGAAGCGUGGCCGUAAGCCAGCUAUUGAAGGAUGUGCUGAAAAAAUGAUGGAGGCAAAUGCCUGGCUCGAUGCACUUGCAGAUGUGUGGGGUUAAUAUUUCUUCAAGUUUUCUUUCACUAAAAAGUACUUCGAUCAGGCUAUAAUUAAUAUUCCUCUGCCUUUUGCGAAAGAACAUUUCAUGGGAUUUUCUCCAACAACUGCCGUGGUCUUACAGAAUUUUGAUAAACAAUUUGAUGUUGAAUUGAAGAUUGUGAAGAAGAAAAAUAAAAUCAUUCAAUGUUCCUUGAAGAAUGGAGUCAGAAAGUUCAUUGAGUAUUAUAAUGUUCAGCUGGGCUCUUCAAAUAUAGGGAAGGUCAUCCUAUAGUGUUUGAUGUGGAUUUAGUUCUAGUAUGAUUAGCCAAUGAAAAGGGUUUAGGAAGUUCUUUAAUAAUGUGUAUUAAGUUGAUAGAAGUUUGUUUUGUUUAUCAACUCUAUCAACUAAGGCUUGACUAAAAUGUGGAAUAUUGUUAAGCUAUGUGGGGCUAAAUUGUUAUGUAAUAGACUGUUUGUAGCUACUAUUAUAUCUACUUUGUUUGGUUUUGUUUUUUUUUUCAAAUAACUUAUGCACAUGUAAAUGUGAUCUAAAUGCAGUUGGUACUUUCUGGUUUAGAUUUGAGAAUGUAUGUUUUGGAAAAUCAGUAUAGGCAAGUAGUAUAUGCUUUGUGAGAAUGAAACAUUGAAACAUCUAAAACAACGGUGUUAUGCAAGUAUUGUAUGCCUAUGCUAUGAACUGUUGCUUCAACACAGAGAAGUAA